AUGAUUGCGCCGAUUAUGGAUAAAUUCAAUGAGCGUCUUCUGGCGAUCUUCGCUUUCUGCCUGCUUCUCACAGUCAUUGAUGCAGUCAAAGUAUCGUUUUACGGCGCUAGUCACAUAGCGAUGCCAUUGCAGGAAGCUAAAAUAUCUACCAACAUUCGAUUGCGGUUUCGAUCGCGACAAGACAACGCCCUCAUUCUGCUGACGGCCGGCCGGACGGACUACUCGUUGCUCUCCAUCGACGGAGGACGGAUUCGAUUUAGCUUCAAGAUCGAUGAGUAUCACACAGAUUUGUGGUCACCCGUUACGCUCAAGUUUAACGAUCUGCAAUGGCACGAUAUCUCGAUUUCACGGUAUGCAGCGAACUUGACCAUGCAGAUCGAUGAGUAUUUCACGACGAAAACGCUUCCCGCCAAUGUUACGGAACUGAAUGUCCAUUUUGGUGUUUUUAUUGGCGGUGUGGGUGAGUAUUCCGCCGAAUAUUUAGACUCGUCGAAAAAUUUCCGAGGAUGUAUUGCGGAUAUAUUUUAUAACAAUAUCAACAUCUUCAAGCGAGCAAGAGAAAGGACGGGCCACGUGACGAACGAGCGAGUCUCGUGGAUUUGCGCACCGGAGUUCGAUGCGGAUGCAAGUACGCCGAUCAGCUUUUUGGACGACGAAAGCUACACCAGCAUACAGAAGCCGACUUCACGAUCAGGUGAUCGCUGGAGCAUGGAAUUUCGAACGAACGAACCGUUUGGGAUGCUUUUGAGUAACAUUCCAUCCAGUGCUAGGUACGAUUUCAUGGCGUUGGAAAUAGUAGAAAGCCAGGUCCGGCUGCUCGUGGGUAAAGGAUCCAACGCCGUCGAACUGAUUCCCGAUCGUAACGUGUCCGACGGGAAAUGGCACAACGUGUCCAUUACCUAUGGUCCAAUGUUGGUUGAUAUAACCGUGGAUGAUGUUACAAACAGCGCUACCUUUGCCAAUGGGAGUAGCCAAACGAUCGAACUGGAAGAGGAGUUCUACAUUGGUGGUUUUGACACUCAGAGAAAGCGAAGAGCAUUCAUUAGGGGAGCUCUCGCCACUGACUCCAGCCUUAAGGGAUGCAUUAGAGACAUUCACUUGGAUGAUCAUUUGGUGGGUUUCCCGAACUUUAAAGUCACUCAUGGAGUGACCGUGGAUUGUGUCUGGAGAUAUCCUUGUAUUGAAAAUAAGCCUUGCAUUUCAACCGGUCACUGCCACCACCAGGGAAUCAAUGAUUUCAUCUGCUACUGUGAUCAGGCAUAUUGCAUCAAGGCGGAUUAUUCGAAUAGUUUCAAGAUAUUCUCGCGAUCGGAUCUGGUGAUCGAGAAAGAACUGAUGUUGAUCAGUCCAAUGGAAGUCGUAGAAGGAGGAAUCACUUUCCUGUCACCGAAAUAUAUUGAGAUUCUUUUUGACUAUCACAAACUAGGUGUUCAAGAAGCUGGUAUAAUCUUCCAUAUAAUUCAACCCCCUAAACACGGGAAAGUCACUAUCCAUUCCUACGGAACGGAAGGUAAUGCUUCGGCAACACAAAUGAAAUUUUUCUCCCACAUCGAUUUAAGCACCGAUAAGGUCAAAUACUCCCAUAAUGGGGCGGAAAAUUUGAACGAUCAUAUGAUGAUCGAUAUGCAGCUAGUGUCGGCUACUAGAAAUACGUUACCAUCUUAUUUGGAGGGAAAACAUCGAUUUGUACUGCAUGUCAACGUAACUCCAGUGAACGACGCUCCAGUUUUGAGAUUACCACCAAACAAACUACUUCGUGUCACGCAAGGAAUUCCGAAAAUUCUUGGUUCAGAUUUUCUGCAGGCUGACGAUCCGGACAGUUCUCCGGACUCGUUGAUCUACACAGUUCUAAUGAAUCCCACAUCGGAAGCUCAAUUUGGUCGCGUUGAACUCAACGGACGAGCAGUCGCAACGUUUUCCCAGUCGGAUGUUAAUGCCGGAAUCGUUACAUACUUGAUAAACACUCGCGGCUCGGAAGAUUCGUCGUUUGAGUUGAAUAUUCAAGUUUCCGAUGGAAUGGAAACUAGUCCUGCCAGUACGGUUCGAGUUUCCGUACUGCCGUUGCAGCUGCGUAUGGUUAAUAACACGGGAUUGGUGUUAAUCCACAAGUCGUCAGCUCUAAUCACACCCCACAAUCUGUCGUUUGUUCCUAACUCGGACGAGGAAAAUGUGGAUAUGAGGUUUGACAUUGUCCAAGCUCCAGCCUACGGAAGCCUUCAGAAAUUACGAUCGGUGGACGCUUCCUGGAUAUCGGUGGAUUCUUUCACCAGUAGUCAGCUACUUCUCGGACAAAUCCGGUACUUACAUUCGUCCGACCUUCCAGUACACGACGAAUUUAAGUUCACCGUCACGCUGGGCCCGGUAACGACCCCGACGUACGAUUUCCGUAUUUCCUUCACCAAGCUUCGCAUCGGCAUGAUCCGCCAGAACAACUUGUACAUCAACACCAAGGACAACGUCAUCCGAGCCGACUAUCUGCUGCACCAGACAACGCCGAUUCCGACCUUCGCGCGGAACAUUAUCUACACCGUGGUAAAACCGCCAAAAUUCGGUAUCAUCUACGUUGAAGGUCACCCGGAGUACGCCAAACCGGGCGAUUCCUUUACCCAGCAAGAAGUGGACAAAAACAUCAUCAAGUAUCGGACCUACCACUCCGCAUAUGGCAACUUUAUUGACUCCUUCGAAUUCAUCGUGUCCGUGCCAGAGUGUGACGACGUCCAGGGGAAGAUCGACUUCGUCUACAGUGCUCCGGAUUAUCUGGCAAAGCAAAUCAUCUAUCAGAAGAGGGAAAAAAUGUUUGUUCACGAGGGCAACAAAACUGCUUUGUCGAGAACAAAUUUCGAUGUACUGUUUAAUAAGUUCAAUUUUUUGACGUUCAAUUUGACGCACUACCCAAAACAUGGAUCACUGUGCAAGAUAAACCCGAGAACUUUCGAGACCAAAGAAGUAUCUUCGUUCACGUUGCAGUACCUGUACCUAGGAGACAUCCACUACUGCCAUGAUGAUUCGGAAUCUGUGGACGACAGUUUUCGUCUGUUGAUUUUGUCGGAUAACGACACGGAUUUCCAGUUUGUGUGUGAAAUUCAGGUUGAGGUGACGUUGUUGAAUGAUAAUGGACCGUAUCGGGUGUUCGACAAACCCUUUCACAUCGUUAGGGAUGAAACGAAGCUGUUGACGUCGGUCGAUUUGAAAUAUGCCGAUCCGGAUAUGGACACUCGAAGCACGGAUAUUGAGUAUAGAUCGGUGAGCAGUUCGAACGGGGAGCUGUUUCGAAAUGGUAAGGUUGUGGAAUUCUUUACUCAGGAUGAUUUGGACAACCGAAGGUUGUUGUUCCAACACAAUGGGACGGAUCAAGGUCGUUUGUCUUUUAUUGUCACUGAUGGGCUGUACGAGGUUCCUGGGUCACUGGAGAUAGAAGCUUCCGAUCCGUUUCUCAAGAUAAGAGAAAGUAACGCGUCGAUUGUUCAGGAAGGUCGAGCAGUGCUGCUAACUUUGGAUGAUUUGAACAUCGAUACAAACUUGAAUGCCAAACCAGAAGAGAUUCAGUAUCGGAUAUUGCAUGAACCUAGCCAUGGAUUGCUGAAGUUGCUUGAUAGUCGUUUUAACACUAGCUUUGCAUCUAACUUGCACAAUGCUACUCCUAUUCCUACGAUGAAUUUUACCCAAGCUGACAUAAUCGCGGAGCGAUUAGUUUACUGGAAUAGAGAUGUUGCUUCGAUGGAUAAAAUCAAAUAUCGUGUCAGCACGAAGGGGGUUUGGGCCGAAGGUCAAAUUGUGAUCAGAAUCUACCCACCAGCCUACUGGGAAGCGUUGAGAAUUCGUCGAAACCAAACACUGUUUGUGGAAGAAUCAACUAGCGUUAUCAUUUCACGUGACAUUUUAGAGAUUGUGCAUCCCAACAUUUCUCCGGGUGACAUAACCUAUCUAGUGACUACUCAACCUCAGCAUGGGUACCUUGAAAUUCAGUCCAUCACUUCAGACGACGAGUACAACUCGAAAGUUUUCGAUCAGUCGACCAUAAAUUCCGAGAAGAUGUUCUACAUACAGGCAGGAGUUAAUCAAUCGUCAGAUUUCUUCACGUUUGACGUCACGAAUGGAAUCACUUGGCUUCGCGAUUUGAUGAUCAGAAUAGUGAUUAUUCCGGAGCAUUUGUACAUCAAAACUGCUCCCAUCGUCGUGGAAGAAGGUAAAAGUACAAAAAUACAACCCAGCGAUAUGGUUCCAUUUUCCGAGUACUACACUGGAAAAAUUUUGGAGUAUAAAAUUCUACGCCACCCGUCCCAUGGAAGUAUUAAGUCGGGCAAGUCAUCGAAGGUGAAUCGUUUCACCCAGAAGCAGCUGGAGGCCGAUGUAAUCACGUACGUGCAUAAUGGCAGUGAAAAUUCUUCCGACACCAUCCAGAUGGUAGCGUUGGGAAGGAACAAGGAAAGUGUUCCCUUCGACCUGAACAUACAGAUUCUGCCGGUGAACGAUGAAGUGCCGCUGGUGGUUACCAAUACUGGUAUGCACAUGUGGAUUGGUGGAAAAUCGAUGAUUCAGAGCACGGAUCUCAUGGUCCAAGAUUACGACACACCACCGGAGAAUCUUACCUUCCACAUUCAGCAGAUGGCCGGCGGGUACGUCGCCCUGAGGGACAGCUACAAUAAGAAGAUUCACACAUUUACGCAGCAAGAUAUCCUUCAAAACCUGGUUUACUUCAUCCACGACAGUAGCAACCAGAACGGAAGAAUCCUGUUUUAUGUAACCGACGGGCUUCACAACACAACCGAACACGUACUGCACAUCGUUACGAAUCCAGUCGCACUGGAGCUGGUAAAGAAUGAAGUUCUACACGUCUUUCCUUUGACUCGGAAGCAGAUUCUGCCGGAUCAGUUGUACUACAAGUGCUCGGAUGACGAUCGCGAUGUGAAGUAUGUGGUGACCAUUCCGCCCCAAAUGGGACGGUUGCUUUACGAACAUCUGGAAUAUGGCUAUACCAAUGAAGUAAACGAAUUUACGCAGCAUGAUGUCGAGAAUGGGAGGAUUUUCUACGAGCACACCCAUCCGAUGGUCGAGCUGAAGACGAAUGAUUCUUUCUACUUCGAUGUGACAGCUCCGCUGUCGAACAACUUGAUCGAUCAGAUCUUCAACGUUGACGUUUCGGUUUCAUCGGGAGGAUUGUUAAGGUUUUUGCCGGUACCUCGUAUUAGUAUUGAUGAGGGAGAAUCUGCUCCGAUUAAAUUGGAUUUGUCGAAAAUUUUGGAAUAUUUGGAGACUCGUGCGGGUAUUCAGAAUCCUGAGUUGUACAUUGAAGUGUACUCCCCUUCAAAUGGGGUGGUGGAACUGGAAGAUUCCAUUCCGGAUGUGAACCGAUUCUCUUUGAAUGAUUUUUAUACUAAUAGGGUGAUUUACAAGCAUGAUCAUUCGGAUACCUUGGAGGACAAAGUUUCCUUAGCAGUGUACUUGGUUCCAGGACAUUUGUUUCUGUGCAACAUUACUAUUCCGGUUACGAUAAAUCCUGUUAAUGAUCAACCGUUUCAACUGGUGACGGCUUCUCCUCAUAUCUCAGUAAUUGAGGGAGAAAAUCAAACUAUUACAUCAUCACAACUAUUAACGGAAGAUGCUGAUACCGAACCGAAGGACAUCGUGUACGACGUUAUUAGUGGUCCAAAUCUUGGGGUUUUGCUUAAAAUUUCCGACGAAGGCUAUCCCCAAGAUAUCAUAACCUAUGGAAAUCAGUUUACGCAAGCAGAUAUCAACGAAAACCGGAUUAUUUACACCCACUCCGGUACUCCACAAUCGACCACAUUUUACUUUAAAGUUUCUGACGGCAAGUUCAAGCCUGCUUAUGAAAUUUUCAAUAUUAAAAUUUUACCUAUUACGAUUUUGCCGGGCUUUAACAAUCAGCCAAUUGUGGUACAACAAGGAACCAAUCUGGGUGUGCUGGAAUCAAAGCACAUUUCUGUUGAUACCAACGUUCAGAAAAGCCGGAUUGUGUACAAUGUGACUCAAAAUCCGCUGGGUGGUAUAAUUGUUACCAACAAUAAAGCGAUCCUUAGAUUUACUCAACGCCAACUGGAAGAGGGAAAAAUCAGUUACAUGCAAACGGACAUGAUACGAUCCAAUGAUACCUUCCAGCUUGAAGCUUUCAUUCCAGACACCACAUCCGCGUGUUUGGUAGAAGUUAGUAUGAUCGUUCAGCCAUUCAUUAUUAUUAAUCCGAUCACCAUCACGCCGGGUGAACGAAUAAGACUGAGUUCGACCUUCAUAUUUGACAAUCCAGCCCAGCUAAACCUAAAUCGUUACAAUCCGAAGAUAACAAUCACACGCCGACCAAAGUAUGGACGAUUAAGAAAAAUCGUCCGAAGUUCUGGAUUGGAUUAUAUUGAACAACCAAGUGAUAAGGACAUUCAUACCUUCACUUACAAAGAGUUGAAAAGUGGCGUUAUUUACUACGUAGCUCGAAAGUUCAACCAAGACUUUCAAUCGAUCAACGAUAAUUUCGAAUAUUUACUAUCCACCAAGACUGCUCAACCCGGCCAGGGCAUAGUCCCGAUAGAAAUUUACUCUCCGUCCCGUAAUGCUCAUGAUAAUAAUGACGUUGACAUUGUCACAGCCGACAGCGGUCUUCCGUUCGAUUACUUAAUCGCGGCCUGUGCGGCGGCAGCCAUCAUCGUUAUCCCUCUGAUGAUCAUCAUCCUGCUCAAAUGCCGAUCGAGCAGUUCUCAAAAGGAUCACCCCGAUAAGGACCACCCGCCAUCACUUCCGCGACCGCCCGACUUUAUGACGCUGAACAAUCGAAUGUACACUCCGUCCGAAAACGAUUCGCUUCCGGUGACGAACGCCUCGACUCCACUGCCCAUCAUCAGUACUAUCCCGCACUGUAAGGUGAUUCCAAUCGGUCUCGAUAACAAUCUGCAGCUGGACUCCGAUCCGGACGAGGAUAUGAUGGACAUCCAUGGGGAUUUACUGCAAAACACGAACAACCUGAACUAUCCGUACGGUGACGAAGGUGACGAAUGGAGUUCAUCCUGCGAUGUCGGUGCCGAUGUUAACUAUUCGACGAUUGCUCAGCAGCAGCAUGCCCAACAGCAGCAGCAGUUACUACCGCAGCAACAUCUGCAAUCGACGCUGCAGCCAUCAUCGCAGCAAGGACAGCAGAAAGCAAAUCCCUUACUGAGAAGAAACCAAUACUGGGUGUGA